CCUUCCAUCCCCGGCAGAGGAAAGUUUCACUCGGGCUGGCUGCUGCUGGGAACAGAGCGCAGCGGAGCAGCCAUGGCUGUUGGUUGGCGAGUUUGGUGCGUGCCGGCGGUGGCGGCGCUGGCGCUGGCGCUGCUCUUCGUGGCUUGCCGCUUCCCCUCUGCCUCUGCCUUCCGCAGAAAGGAGAUGGUGUUGUCAGAAAAGGUUAGUCAGCUGAUGGACUGGACCAGCAAGAGAGCAGUGAUAAGAAUGAAUGGAGAUAAGUUCCGCCGUUUUGUCAAGGCAUCACCAAAAAACUACUCAGUGAUUGUGAUGUUUACAGCUCUCGAACCCCAUCGACAGUGUCUGGUGUGCCGGCAAGCUGACGAAGAGUUUCAUAUUUUGGCCAACUCCUGGCGAUAUUCCAAUGCAUUUACCAACAAGAUAUUUUUUGCUAUGGUGGAUUUCGAUGAUGGGUCUGAUGUAUUUCAGAUGCUCAACAUGAAUUCAGCUCCAACUUUCAUGAACUUCCCUGCCAAAGGAAAGCCAAAACAGAGUGAUACAUACGAGUUGCAGGUUCGAGGUUUUUCAGCUGAACAGAUUGCCCGGUGGAUAGCUGAUCGAACUGAUGUCAAUAUUCGAAUAAUUAGGCCUGCAAAUUAUGCUGGCCCCCUCAUGUUAGGAUUGCUUUUGGCUGUUAUUGGUGGCCUCGUGUAUCUUCGAAGAAGUAAUCUCGAUUUUCUUUUUAACAAAACUGGAUGGGCUUUCGCAGCUUUGUGCUUUGUACUUGCCAUGACGUCUGGACAGAUGUGGAACCAUAUAAGGGGACCACCGUAUGCUCAUAAGAAUCCCCAUACAGGACAGGUGAAUUACAUUCAUGGAAGCAGCCAGGCCCAGUUUGUAGCUGAAACACACAUCGUCCUUCUGUUUAAUGGUGCUGUUACUCUGGGGAUAGUGCUGUUGUGUGAAGCCAUCACAUCUCACAUGGAUAUUGGAAAGAGAAAGCUGAUGUGUGCCGUGGGCAUUGUGCUGGUCGUAGUGUUUUUCAGUUGGAUGCUGUCUGUCUUCAAGUCCAAAUACCAUGGCUAUCCCUACAGUUUCCUGAUGAAUUAAAAAGAAGUGAAUCAACGCUGGAACAUUAAAGCUUGGAAAUUGUAUAUAUUGUAUUGGAACAGUGCAAAAUGUGUAUGGUUCAUAUUACCUCUCUUGAAAAGGAUUGAGAUUGUGUUAAAAAAUUGAACCAAAGAGUGACGUGUAGUGCCUUAAUGUUAACAAGCAGUUUGCUUUAAAAGUCCGUGCAGUGUUAGGACAAAUUUUCCUUCUGUAGUUAACCUCCCCAUCCCAGUGAGCUUUAUGAAACAGUUAACCUCGUGGAAUUCAGAGUUUUUUAGACAGAGUAUGUUUUGGGAAUAAAAGAAAAUCUUCUAGUAGCACUAUUUCAGUCUAAUUUGAGGAAUUCCUUUUUGUUAAUUUUUAGUCACCUGAUAAAAUAUUUUUCUACUCCAGUAUGAAGAGAUAUCUUGAUCAAUCUUUAUCUGUCCAGCAAUUUCAGGUAACUAUAAUAAACAUCCACUCCUCAUUCUCCCUUUCUUCCCCCAUGGAAUUGAUGCUUUGCACAUCUGUCUUUUAGGUUGAGAAAUGAGAUGUGCUGUGUUGCCUCCUAAAAACAGAAAACACUCCCCAUGUGUACAGACCUAGGCUCCUUAAUGGAUAUUUUGCUCAGGUCUUUUCUCCUGAAGCACAUUGCUAUGGAGCUUUGGAUAGGAAAAAGUCACAUAAAAAGUCAUCUCUGGGUGCUAAUAAGCAGUCUUAUACCUAGAGCUUUCAGGUGAAUUCCCUUUCCCAAUUUUUCUUUAAUUCAAGAAAACUCAUUUAAAACAUGUCAGCUUUGUAAUAAAUUAGUCCAACUUCCUAAUUAAAAAAAAAUCAUCCUAAUUUGAAGUUACUUUGGGGGUCACCAUAGUAGUUCACAGAGUGAACCUAAACACUUUCUGAUUGGGACAAAUUUCCUUGAGACUUUGUCUACUUUAGGACAAAGUGUUUGGAAGAUGAUUAAAUAAAGUGACAAUUAUGAGGAUUUCUGGGAAACUACAUGAUCAGUAAUUUGUAUGUGACAAGUAAUACAUGAAUGAAUAUGUUUAAUUAUAUGAUGAAUUUUUUUCAUUUCAGUUACGCUUACUAAUUGAUGCUAAGCACGACGCCUAGUGACUGUCAAUUAUCCAGUGGUUGGGGUGAACAGGUAGUCAGGCCCUACUGUGCUAAGUUGUUUAAUGUAUGCUAACUAAUUGGGUUAAAACUAUUUUUUUCUGUUUAAAAAAAUCUCCUGCCCAUGGGCCAUCCAUUGGGCAUCUAGUUUGUCUCGGUUGCUGCCUCUGUAUGUAAAUGAAGGGCCCUAGAAAACCUGCGGUACUUCUAUUUUCCACCUUUUCCUCCUUCCCCAAGUACAGGGCCAGAACAGUUGGCUUUUUGGUGUUCAUAUUCCCAGCACUUUGCACAUGGUUGGCACUUAAUGGAUGCUUGUUGAACUGAACUGAAAUUUUUUUUUUCCUCCCAACAUCUUUAAGUACAAGAGCAAGAUAAAAAUUCAGUAUUUCAUCCUUGCCUUUCUUCGAUGAAUGAAAAUAAUAGAUAAAAGUUAGCAAAUGAAUUGUUGUAACUCAAAUGAUUGUGCUCCCUGUUUAAUUCUCCACAGUGGUUACUAACUUUCUGUGAGAAUUUAAUUCACUAUUUACCAUUAGGUCAAAAUACAUAUUCUCUUCAGUAAUUGGUGAGAAAAGCAAAUACAGUGAUGGUGGGAGAGAGGGAUGUGGACGAGUGUGCUAGACUGAAAGUGAAGUCCUGCCUUUUUUUUUUUUUAAAGCUGUGACUGUCGACUGCCAGCUGUUGUUCACCUUCCCCAGAG